CUGGCUGAUGUCGGUCUCGGAGUAAAACGCCGGAAGCUGACAAAGAAGAGAACAGCUUGAGUUGCAACCUGGAAGCCCAUAGAUGGCUUGGAUGGCGCAAUGGCAGCUUCAGGAGAAUGGCUGUUUCCGGCCAACCCACCGGCGCUGAAGCCAGUAAUCUCCCACGGCUUACCCUUCCAGGACGCAUGUGUCCACCACUCUCAAGACUCCUUUCGAGCGUCGCGCAUCUACGUUGUGGUAUCCUCGUCGAUCAGCAAGACCGAGAACUUCAAAACCCUACAAUCAGCCCUUGGCGACCGCGUUGCUGGCGUCCGCUACGGUUUCCGGCCACACACACCUUGGGAUGAUGUCCUAGAAGUCGCCCGGGACCUUGGAACCAUCAAUCCGGAUCUCAUCAUCACGUUGGGCGCGGGAUCCAUCACCGACGGCAUCAAGGUUGCAUCGUUUGCUUACUCGAACGGGGCCUUGACAACCGAGGAUUUGGAGCAGUUAGCAGUGAAGACCGAGAAGCAAUCCGGCACGGAAUCAGACACGGCAUCAGAAAUCCAAGCCUGCCGAAUCCCCGUCAUCAACGUCCCGACAUCCCUGUCUGGGGGGGAGUACACGGCGAUUGGUGGAGCUACAGACACUCGAAACGGCCACAAAGCGACAUUCCGCCACCCUUCCAUGAUGGCCAGCUUGGUGGUGCUCGACCCACGGCUGUGCACCUCAACGCCAGAGAGGGUCUGGCUCUCAUCGGGCGUCAGAGCUGUCGACCACUGCGUCGAAGGUAUCAGCGGGACUGCUUCAGGCGAAGCAGAUGAGGAGCGCAAGCUUCUAGAACACAGUCUCCGUACAUUGCUUCCAAAUCUCCUCGCGACAAAGGCAAACCCUGGCGACCUACAGGCCCGUGUUCAAUCGAUGCUGGCUGUGCCCCCGUGUCUCCAAGCUCUCGAUAUGGGCCUCGGCGCGAGCCACGGCAUUGGCCACCAACUGGGCCCCCUCGGUGUCGGGCACGGAGAGACGAGCUGUGUUUUGCUCCCGGUUGUCCUGAAGUUCAAUUACCUCCACGGUGACGCAGAGGCUAGAUCGCGACAGAAGCGGGUAUGGGAGGUCUUCUGGAGUGACCCGACCGUGUCAGAAGUAUUGAUGGGCCAGGGGCUGACCAAGGAAGACUCGGAUACCGGCGAUGUGGUGGGGGCAUUCAUCAAGGCGCUUGGGAUGCCCACAAGUCUAAGAGCUGUCGGCGUUGGCCGUGAGAAGUUCGACUCGCUUGCCGACAAUGCUCUCAAGGAUUUCUGCACCCAAUCCAACCCCGUGGCCCUUGACAAGAAGGGCGUCUUGGAGAUACUCGAGAUGGCAGCAGCGGACUGACCGGCUACGGACGGGGCUGCGUUCACACCCGAUCUCGGUCGCCACCGAAUUGUCCCUUCUUCCAGUCUUGGGAUCGCCAAGAAUUCCCCUGCCAACC